AUGGCAAUGGGUGCCUUGGACUGCCCCAUCUGCUAUGAGCCCCUUGUGCCUCCCAUUUACCAGGUAGGCAGGCUCAACAAAUGCCCCCUAUGCCCAAGGUCUGCCUUCGAGCGCUGCUUUGGCAUGGAGCGCGUUGUUGAAUCCAUUGAGGUUCCUUGUUGCUUCGCCGAGAACGGAUGCACCAAGAAGAUCGCCUACUUCAACAAGAAAAAGCACGAGAAGGCGUGCCGACACGGGCCAUGCUUCUGCCCGGAGCCCGGCUGUGGCUUCUCAGGGCCGGCGGCGACGCUGCCAGACCAUUUCACCGACUGCCACAAGUGGCCAAAUACGGCGUUCAAGUACUACGCGCAGUUCGACCUCCGCCUCCAGCCGGGCCCGCACAUCCUCCGUGCCCAGGAUGGCACCGUCUUCCUCAUGAACGUGGUGGCAGCGGAACCCCUCGGGCACGCCAUCUCCCUCGUCUGUGUCCGGCCGGCCACGGGCUCCUCCCCGUUCGGGUGCUCUUUGUUGUUCUCGUGCUUCACAGGCCACCACCAGAUCUCGACGCUGGACCCCGUGAGGUGCUCGACGCUGGCUGAUGGUCUGCCAAAGGACGGCUUCUGCAUCGUGCCCAAGGCAUCUGGAGGCGUCCAUGAUGUCGUGCUCAAGACCACCAUAGAUGAAGCGCGGAGGUAUGAUAUCGAGCUGGGGGACGAGGACUACGAAGACGAAGACGAGAGCUACGACGAGGAAGAUGAUGAAGAAGAUGAUGAUUCUGACGACGACGACGAAGAAGAAGAUGACUCUGAUCAAGAUUUGGUUCGAUCGAUCGAGUGA